AUGGCCAAAACCAGAGAUGCUCUGUCUCAGGGCAGCCCAGUGCCAGUCCAGGAUUCCCACCUUAUCAAGGUGACAGUGAAGACACCCAAGGACAAGGAGGAUUUCUCAGUUACAGACACAUGCACCACCCAGCAGCUGAAGGAAGAGAUAUCCCAGCGCUUUAGGGCCCACCCUGAUCAGCUGGUUCUAAUCUUUGCUGGCAAGAUCCUCAAGGACCCUGACUCACUGGCCCAGUGUGGAGUGCGAGACGGCCUCACCGUCCAUCUGGUCAUCAAGAUGCAGCGCUGUGCUGUGGACAGUGAGUGCCCAGCUGCUUCAGUCCCUACCCCAGGCGCAAGCCCCAGAUCACUGCCUCCUCCAAGCUCCAUUUACUCAGCAGAUCUGCCUCCCACCUUCAGCUUAAGUGUCCUCACAGGCCUCAACAGACUGGGCCUGUCCUCUAGUGGCUCCCCCGAGCAACUAAGCUCGCUUAUGUGGCAGCACGUAUCUGUGCCUGAGAUUUUGACUCAGCCCACUGAUGAACCCUUUGUCCAGAGUCUGCUGUCUAACACGGGCCUGGUGCACCAGCUAGUUCUUGAAAACCCCCAUAUGCAGCAGCUGAUCCAGCACAACCCCGAGAUUGGCCAUAUUCUCAACAACCCUAAAAUCAUGCGGCAGACGCUGGAGUUUCUACAGAAGCCUGCCAUAAUGCAAGAGAUGAUGCGUAGCCAGGACCGGGCACUCAGUAAUCUGGAAAGCAUCCCUGGUGGCUACGGUGUGCUUCGUACCAUGUACACAGAUAUUAUGGACCCAAUGUUGAAUGCAGUACAGGAGCAGUUUGGUGGCAAUCCCUUUGCAACUACCACUCCUGCUAAUACCACCACCAGCAGCAGCCAACCUUCAAGGAUAGAGAAUUGUGACCCUCUCCCCAACCCCUGGACUUCCACAUAUGGAGGCUCAAGUGGCAUGCAAGGAAAGCGGCCCGGGGACCAGGAUGCAUCCAAAAUGAGAAAUACGGUUCCAAACUUUCCAAGUAAUAUAGGAUUCUAUGACUAUCUCCAGCAAUUACAUGAGACAACUCCGUCUCUGGGGACCUAUUUACAGGGGACUGCAUCCACCUUCAGCCCAAGCCAGAAACCACCUCCACCAGGAACAAGAGUUUCCCCAACUUCGCUGUCAUCCCAGGAACCUGGGUUAGGCCAUCCUCUACAGAGGGAGUCACUGGCAAUCAAGGGGAAGUCCUCCUGCUCAGCUUUCCUGAGAUGCCCCACAGAGAACACUACUGAGCAAGGUGGAGGCCACAAUGGCAUGGGGAAUGGCUCUAGCGGCCACUCCAGCAGCAUGCCUGAUCUUGUCUCUGGGCUUGGAGAUUCUACCAACAGGGCCCCAUUUGUCCCUUCACCUCCUUCCUCCAUGGCAGCUCCUCCAAGAACCCCUGAGCCUUCCUGGCUGCCAUCCCGAGCUUAUCCAAGAUCUUUGAUGCCGGCUGGCAUAAAUCAGGUGCCACAGUUGCAGGAUGAGAUGCACCAACAGCUGCCACUGCUGUUGCACCUUCAGGCAGCCAUGGUGAACCCCCGUACUAUGCAAGCCCUGGUGCAAAUUGAGCAAGGUCUGCAGAUCCUGGCUACAGAAGCGCCUCAUCUCCUACUCUGGUUCAUGCCUUGCCAAGGAGGGCUGGGGAGAGUGGUAGGAAGUAUCGAGUCUAGAGAACGUGCCCCCAUGUCUGAGGUUCCCCCGACAAACCUAGCUCCCGAGGUUUCCUCAGCACAAGGGCCUAUGGAGCUGGACUUCCGUUCCACUCCCUUCUUCCAGAUGUUGCAAGCUUUAGCUGGUGCCAAUCCCCAGCAGCUGCAACCUGAGGCUCACUUCCAGGUGCAGCUGGAACAACUGCAGUCCAUGGGCUUUCUGAAUCCUGAAGCCAACCUUCAGGCCCUCAUUGCCACUGAGGGUGAUGUGAAGGCUGCGGUGGAGAAGCUGAGGCAGUCACAGGAGCUCUAG